AUGGAAGACCCUGGGGUUGAAAAUGUAACCAUCACGGACACUCUGAUACUCUUGGGCUUCAAGGAUCUCCAGGAUCUGCAGAUAUUCCUCUUUCUCCUCUUCUCAGUGGUGUAUCUCAUGACCACUGUGGGGAACAUCCUCAUUAUAAUCACAGUAUCAGCUAAUCGCAGCCUUCACACACCUAUGUACUUCUUCCUGAGUAACCUUUCAUGCCUGGAGAUCUUGUACACCUCUAACAUCAUCCCCCGGAUGCUUGUGGACUUACUGAGAGAGGAGAAAUGUAUUUCCUUCACUGGCUGUAUCAUCCAGUUGUACAUCUUCUGUGCAUUAGGGACCACUGAGUGUUACUUCUUGAUGCUCAUGUCUUAUGAUCGGUACCUGGCCAUCUGCCACCCUCUGCACUACGCGGACUUAAUGAAGAGGAACCUUUGCAUUCAGCUGGCUGCUGGCACCUGGUUUUGGGGGUUUCUGCUAGGUGCUGUGCUGCAUUUGCUUCUGGCAAAAUCUCUAACUCUUUGUGGCCCUAAUGAAAUUGACCAUUUCUUUUGUGACUUGACGCCAUUGCUGCAGCUCUCUUGCUCUGACACCUACACGGUGGAGGUAGCAAUUUUCAUCUCAUGUUGCCUCGUAGCUCUGGGCCCCUUCCUUUUAACCAUCACAUCCUACAUCCAUAUCCUCCGGGCUGUCUUCAAAAUCCCAUCGAAGAGUGGGAAGCAGAAAGCCUUCUCCACCUGUAGCUCUCACCUCAUUGUAGUCACCACUUUCUAUGGGACACUGACCGUUACCUAUGUCAUGUCCACGGCAACUCAAUCCACUCAUCUCAACAAAAUCCUAUCCCUGCUAUACAUUGUGGUGACUCCAUUGUUCAAUCCCAUUGUGUAUAGUCUGAGGAACAAGGAGGUCAAAGAAGCCUUGAGGAAACACCUUAAAUUACCUCUCCCUGAUUGCUCAGAUAUUUGCCACCAAUUCUUUACAAGAAAAGUCUGA